CAGGAUCUAAGAACCAAUCAAAACAACCAUCAUCCAACAUGGCACGGAAAACACACCGAUAAACACGAAGGAAAACAUACUUAGGCAGAGCUCAGCUCGUCGCAAAGGGUGCUUUCAAACUGUCUCGGCGUGUGCCAUGUGUUGCUGGUGCUGCUGCCUGGAGUGCAUCCAUAACAUCCCACCCCUCAACCUCCUCUUCCUCCACUUCUCCGACUCACCUCUUCCAGGAGAAGCAGCAGCAGCACCAGCACCAGCAGCAUCUGGACCUGCGUCCAUGGCUUCCAUCUCGGUUCCGAACCCGGUCCCUUCCGCAACCGAAGAUGCAGAGAACAUAAGGAAAGCAGUGCAAGGAUGGGGCACGGACGAGAAGGCGCUGAUCGAGAUCCUGGGCCACCGGACGGCGGCGCAGCGCGCGGAGAUCGCCGUGGCGUACGAGGGGCUCUACAACGAGACCCUCCUCGACAGGCUCCACUCCGAGCUCUCCGGCGACUUCCGGAGUGCGAUGAUGCUGUGGACGACGGACCCGGCAGCGCGGGACGCCAAGCUGGCCCACAAGGCCCUGAAGAAGAAGGUGGACCGGCACGUGUGGGUGCUCAUCGAGGUCGCCUGCGCGUCGCACCCGGACCACCUCGUCGCCGUCAGGAAGGCCUACUGCGCCGCCUACUCGGCCUCCCUCGAGGAGGACGUCGCCGCCUGCCCGCUCUACAAGGACCCCCUCAAGCAGUUCUUGGUGCGUUUGGUGAGCUCGUACCGGUACGCCGGCGAGCUCGUCGACGACGAACUGGCGAGGGCGGAGGCGGCCGAGCUGCACGAUGCGUUGGUGACCAGGAAGCAGCCGCUACACGGCGACGUCGUGCGCAUCGUCAGCUCGAGGAGCAAACUGCAGCUGAAAGCAACGUUUGAGCGGUACAAGCAAGACCACGGCAAGGCCAUCGACGAGGUUCUCGAAGGACGCCGCAGCGACCAGCUCGCAGUGAUGCUGAAGACCGCGGUGUGGUGCUUGACAUCGCCGGAGAAGCAUUUCGCAGAGGUGAUCCGGAGCUCGAUCGUCGGGCUCGGCACCGACGAGGAGUCGCUGACAAGGGCGAUCGUUUCACGCGCUGAGGUUGACCUGAAGAAGGUGAAGGAGGAGUACAGAGCGAGGUACCGCAAGACGGUCACGGACGACGUCAACGGCGACACUGCCGGGUACUACAAUGGCAUCUUGCUCACCCUCGUGGGGCCUGAGUGAAUAGCCAUGGAUGGAGUUCUAGGGUGCAGGAUUGUUUGCGCUUUGUAGCUUGCUUGCUUGUAUGGUUGAACAAAAAGAAACGGUUGUGCCAUGUGUUCUCAGGUGUACAAACUACUGAGUGAAAUGGUUAUAUUUGAGCU